UCCAAACUCCCCCCCACAAGAUUUUACUUUCUUUUCACACAAUCACCACGGAAGAAAGAGAGAACGAGACAAAAAAAUGGAUGAAUUUUCAUCUUUAUGGAGUUAUCAAGAGAACGUCGAUGAACUCAAACAAAAACUUUUGUACACGACACUUGAAUUGGAAGCAGUAAAAGCCGAAACGGAUGAAAAAAUGAAAAGAAACACCGAAUCGAUGAAACAAGUGUUACAACUUUUAAAGAUUGCUUAUGAAGAAAGAGAUGAAGCAAAAGAUCAACUUCAAAAGCUACUAAUCAAGAUUAUGCCAACAAAUGACCAACAACAAAUCUUCAAUCCUACAAACCCUUCAAUCCCUAAUUGUUUCAUGAACGAUCAAAUUCAACAUCAUCAAGGCCCAAUGAUGAUACCCACUAAAGCAAAUUCAAGUAUCACCGAAUCAAAUAGCCUCUCGGAUGCAUACAAUCAUAGCUCAUCUCCCGUUGACUCUUUUUUUGACCCAAUUCCAUCUCCCGAGUUCUCUAAUAUCAAUGUUGAAACCCCAUUUGUUCAAGAUUAUAACGUACCAAAAGUGGAUCAAGCUACUUUGAUGAUGGAUGGGAUGAUUAGAGGCAAGAGUUUGCCACAAAAAGGGAAAUUGUUACAAACAGUUUUGGAAGCGGGCCCGCUUUUGCAGACACUGCUUGUAGCGGGCCCGCUUCCUAGGUGGCGGAAUCCGCCACCGUUGCAAGCUUUCCACAUCCCACCAAUGGUGGCUGCAUCGGAUCAUAUUCCUACAACUCAAAAACAGGAUGUGGGAAGUCCUUUUAAGUUUUUGAUGAAAGAGUCGCAACCGUAUGCUGAAAUGGGGUGCGGGAGUUCUUCUCAGAUGAUGGCGGUUUCCAGUGGUGGUGGCGGCGGAGGCAGCGGUGGUGGUGGUGGUGUUUUGAGUUUUGGUGAUGUUAAUUUUGGUAGUAAUUUUCAAGGGAGUAUGAUAGGUUGCCCUGGUGCUAGUAAUUUUGGCACGAUUGGAAAGAGGCAAAGGUUACGUUAAGUUCUGAAAUUUUUACUUUUACUUUUUGUAAAUGGUUUUUGAUAUAUAAUAUGAUGGGGUGUAUAUGGUGAAUUGGUG